GUAGUCCUCAGUAGCAGUAGUCUCCCAGCCUGUACUCCUCUUCGUCGGCAAUCAGAAGCUAAAUCAGGGCAAUGUACGACGACUCGGAGGGCAAGACCCAGUCCCUCACAGUUUCAUCUCGGUUGGUUGAUCAAUGAUGUUAGCGGAAACCUAAUAGAGGCUCAGGUGCUAUUUUUCAUCCUGCCUGGUGGGCCAUGAAAGAACAUGUAGGACUAGGUUGCCUAGGAGUUAAAGCAAAGAUGUAGUAGCACUGCAAACCAGUGCUACAACGAUCGACAUUGACAUACAGAAAUACAAUGACUCCUGCGCUUACUGCGGUUCCUGUCCGAGUCACGGUGGCGCUUGUCAACGUCACGGAUAUAUAAAGUUGCGUUAGAAUGCAAAGAGGACCAUCAAUCACUCAAGUUUUAUCAUGGAAAACUCGAAAGUUCUUGUCAUCGGAGGGUCGAGGAAUAUUGGUUACUUUUCUGCCGUCAGAUUGCUGGAUUUAGGGGCGACAGUUACUUUUCUCCUACGAUCGCCGAACGUUUUUGACGACAAUCAGACGAUACAAAAAUAUGUUCAACAGGGAAAGGCUCGUUUGCUCAAGGGAGACGCCCUAAUCAAGGAAGACGUGCAACGCGCUUGGGAUGAAGCUGCCAAAGGCGGCGAUUCCAGGCCAGUCGACUUCCUUCUCUUCACCGUCGGUGGAACGCCUGGUUUCAAGUUGACAAAGGGCUUUGUCAUCUCACCUCCCAAUCUCGUUACCCAGUCUCUACUUAAUACGAUGGAAACACUACCGACGCCGCAUCCCAAAAUAAUCACUAUCUCGUCCAUCGGUCUCACGCGCGACUCGCAUGCCACGCUUCCCUUACUGCUUAAGCCGUUGUAUGCUUGCCUCACCGUUCCUCACAAGGACAAGUGCGGUGCGGAGGAAGUCGUGGCACAUUGUGCAGGAUGGUCGUGGGACGAGAGGAAUAGUCCAGGAACUGAGAUACUUGGCGAGGGAUGGGCAGAUCGGGUCCCGGCCAAAGGACAAAUGGAGAAUAUUGUCGUCGUCCGUCCUGCUCUUCUAACGGACGGAGAGUGUCGCGCAGACAAGGAAGCGAAAAAGCCUGCAUAUCGAGUAGAAUCCGGAGAUAUCGAUGGAAGCUGGACAGUAUCGAGGAAAGAUGUUUCUCAUUUUCUGGUUGAGGGCGUGGUCAAACAUUGGGACGAAUGGCGUGGCAAGUGUGUUAGUAUCGCUUACUAGUUGAUGGUUUGUUGAGAUUCGGUCCAUGUAUUACUGUAAUCAUUAAUUCAUCCCCCAUUAUCUCAUUGCGACGGUUGUAUUUCAUAUCAAGUGUCCUCGGAGAAAGGAAUGUCGUUGUUUACAUGCAGCCAUUCUGAUGUAAAUACAUGCUCGCUCACCCUACACAUACCAAUGUCCGUAAAACAG